CACAGACGUACACACACGUCGGAAGCAGGAGCUGAGUGAGGAUCUCAUUCGUAUCUUGCAUCCGGGACCCUACUCAAUCAACACAUACCACCAUUCUAUCAUCCAACAUGGCUUCUGCGGUUCAGUUCCCCUCUGCUCGGCCUUCUGCUGGGUCACCCAGCCUCCAGCUGUCCCCCUCGCGCAAGGCAAUCGCAGACAAGUUCGCAGAGCUAAGCGCUCACUCGCCCAGCAAGCGCACCAUCGGCACAAGCGGGCGGCCCACCUCGCCAUUCAAGAAGCCGCUGCUCAACACAUCCAGAGGCAACAGACGGGAGGAAGAGACCGCUCCACUCAAAGCCAAGGUUAUACUCAAUCAGUCAUCCAACGAAGAUGUCUCCAUGACCCUGCAUCUCUCUCGAGGCCCCAACACAUCAAUGGCAGAGUUCGACUUGAUGGGUUCCGCCGAAGACUCCUUUCUGGCGGAAGCCAGGCACCUCGGCGACGAGACCUUUGACAAGAAGCUGCUCGAGGCAAGCCCGAAACGAGGUAUCAAAAGAGCUGCGUCUGUACGCAAGUCGGCAGGACCCUCGAGAAUUGGCACCAGCGGAAGUACUCUAGGACUCGGGCGCCCUUCGAGCAAGGAUGCAGCGGACUCUACCAUCUCCCUGGGGCUGCGCUCCUUGUCCAACACCUCAGAAACGUCGAACAUAUUCGAUGAGCAAGGCGAGGAGAGCCUCUUGUACGCAUCCGCUCUUCUAGACCGAGCCAUGCCUGGUGGAAAGUCAAGCGAUAAGGUCAAGAUGCUGGAAGCACUAGCAGAGUACAGAGGUGAAGUCUCGGCGAGAGCCAGACCUCAUUCUAUGAUCGUAGGCUCUUCAUCUAAGAUCUCUGACACGCCUCAAGUCCCACUCACGGCCCCCUUGAGAGCAAGCGUGACCGAAGGCGUGAGAGCGAGGACCACCAGCAGACCUUCUGCCAGCAGUGAGGGCCUCGCUCGAGCGACGACUUCAAGCGCAGCUCGCGUUAUGGUGCCUGCAAAUUCGGCUGUACAUGGCGUCCCUGCCACGCCGCGACAAAGAGUUGGCGCCGGUGCAAGCAGCGAGACUCCCCGCACAGCGACUCAGGUGGGAACCACACCACGCUCUCGGCCACCUCUUAAUGCAAGUGCUGCCCGUAUGAGGAGGUUAUCCGGCCUGCCUCAGCUCGUAGCCGAAGACGGUAGCAUGAAACCGCCUCAGGCUAUCAGAGCUAAAGUGACUCUGGUUGGAAGCGGCGCAGCGCCUGCUUCCUCCACUUCUUCCUCUUCCUCCUCUUUGAGUUCUUCAGCCAGACCAAGGGAGCGGCCACACAGCAUGAUUGGCCGGCCCUCUCUGGGAGCUGGCGCACCAAGCUCCUCUUCCUCAACCACAGCCCGCGUCCGUGACCUUCCCAGCUCCACAGCGACAUCUUCGCGUCCUUUCCCCUCAUCAUCGUCAAGCCCCAGGAAAGUCGUUCCCCGACCGUCAGAGGCGCUUACAGGUCAGCUCACCCGUCGACCGUCCUCAGCAGGCGGUGCAAGAAGCAGCAACAGUGGCAGUGUCGUGUCCUCCAGCUCCGCGAGCACCGGCACAGCCUCUGCUGGUUCAAGCUCGGUCCGUAAACCUCCUCGACCCUUUUUGCUCGGAGCAGGAACAAAUCAAAGCUCCGCCUCCACUUCGUCCUCUUCUUCGAGUGGACCGACCACAUCUGCCGCUCGAACAGCGGGUAGUAGCCCAAGGAAGUCACACAUCCCUAUGCCUAGCUCUUCUUCUUCCCAACCUGCAUCUGCCUCAUCCUCGAUGAUGACCGGAGUAGCCAAGGUUCAACAACAGCCCCAAGUAUUGAGCAGGCUACCCCGCGCCAGCCUGAUCGGAAGCGUCGGCGCUGCUCCUGUCGGGACACUUGGCCUCAUCCGACCUGGAGGAGGCAGUGAUGCUCCCGGCCCAGUGACUUCGACAUCGUCGGCUCCUGGAGAGGGAGUGAGGCGACCAAGACCCAUGAGCAUGAUUGCGCGUCCUAGCAUUGGUGCUGGUGCUGCUCCUGGCGGUGGAGGUGGGGUGACUGCACUGGGCAGGAGAGUCUCGUUUGGUUACCGCAAGGCUGAUGAGUGAGGACUUUGCACGGGGAGGGACAGAGAGAAUGGGAUUGAUGUUACCUUUCUGUAAUCUGUGCCUUCGAACGCAACGUGGGUCAUACAUCACCAGAGGAUUCCUACCAAGCACGACAAAACAGAGACGAGGAGGAAUAGCGAGAUUUGAUCCG